AUGGGUCAAGCUGCGUACAGCAUCUCUGGGGACUCCAAAGGAUUCGUCGAGUUUACUAUCAAUGGCAUUAUUUUUAAAGUGCAAGAGAACAUACCACCCGAGACAUCAUUGAAUGUUUUUAUCCGAGAGCACGCGAAGCUGAGGGGUACAAAGUCAAUGUGCCAUGAGGGUGGAUGUGGUGCUUGUAUAGUCUCUGCUGAGAUACGCGGUGAAACACUUGCUGUUAACUCAUGUCUGGUCCCAGUCCUCAUUUGCAAUGGGUGGAAAAUCAAGACCGUCGAGGGAAUAGGUAACAAAAAAAUAGGUUAUCACAAGAUUCAAACUGCACUCGCGGGAAUGAAUGGCUCGCAAUGCGGUUAUUGUUCGCCUGGCAUGGUCAUGAAUAUGUACAGCUUACUGCAAAGCAAAGAAGAAUUAACGAUGAAGGAGAUUGAAAAUUCAUUUGGAAGUAAUAUCUGCCGGUGUACCGGGUACCGCGCAAUUUUAGAUGCCUUUAAAGGAUUAGCCGUCGACGCAAGACCUGAACUAGUAGAAAAAAUUCACGACAUCGAGGUAAUGGAUCCAGUUAUAACUCGAGAAAUGCCGGAAAUGCCAACAAAAUUGAGCGAAGUUCACAUAAUGGCGAUGAAUAAUGUACAGUUUCACAAAGUUCUCUCUGUUGAGGGUCUCUUCAACGUCUUUAAUAACAAUCCAAAUGCAACUUAUGUAUUAAACGGCGGCAACACCGGGCACGGUGUUUACCGACUGGAGAAGCCGCAAAUAUAUUUGGAUUUGAAUGACGUCGCUGACCUACAUCGUGUCGAGAAAACCGAUAUAAUGCUGACCUUCGGCGGGAAUUGCACCCUCACUGUUGCCAAAAACACCUUCAAGAAGUACGCCACCGAUCCCGGGUUCAAACAUUUGCAGCACAUGGCUAAUCACGUCGACCUUAUUGCCAGUGUCGCUGUCCGCAAUAUAGGAACGUUGGCUGGAAAUCUGAUGAUAAAGCACAAACACCACGAGUUUCCCUCGGAUUUGUUUCUGCUACUGGAAACCGCCGGAGCCGAGAUACAUAUCCUUGAAUCACCUGGGGUUAAAAAAAAUGUAAGCCUAAUGGAUUUCCUGAAGAUAGAUAUGAAACACAAAAUAAUAUACAGCAUCGUUCUGCCAGCGUUGAAGCCGGAGCAUGUGUAUCGAUCUUAUAAGGUAAUGCCGAGAGCUCAAAAUGCCCAUGCUCAUGUGAAUGCCGGGUUUCUAUUCAAACUCGAUGCAAGAGGAAUUGUGUUGGAGAAGCCCAAUAUUAUAUUUGGAGGAAUUCGACACGAUUUUUUGCAUGCAACAUCAAUGGAAGAUUUUCUUAACGGAAAAUCACUUUUUGACAAAAAUAUCUUCAAACAAGCCUUAGACAUACUCGACGCAGAAUUGAAACCAGAUCGUGUACUACCCGAUUAUACACCAGAGUUCCGAAAAACUCUAUCUCUAGGAUUAUUUUACAAGUUCGUUCUCAGUUUAUUGUCGGAAAAUGUUAGCGAGAGACUACGAAGUGGCGGCUCUAUGCAGAAACGUGAUGUAUCAUCUGCAAGACACGAUUAUGACAUAGAUAAAAAUAUGUGGCCAGUUAAUAAACCCGUACCGAAAAUGGAAUCUAUUUACCAGACGUCUGGAGAAGCUCAGUAUGUUAACGAUCUACCGCCACAGUCUAAUGAAGUUUUCUGUGCAUUCGUUCAUGCUGAGUUUGCGGUUGGGGUUGUUGAAAACAUUGACGCCUCUGAAGCUCUGGCAAUGGAUGGUGUUGUAGCUUUUUUGACAGCCAAAGAUGUCCCAGGCAAAAAUCUUGCAAUCAAUGGGGAAAACAAAGAAGUUUUAUUAGAUCAUAAUGAAUUGCUAUUUCUAGAGAAAGAAAUUCAGUAUUCAGGGCAACCGAUCGGCGUAAUAGCGGCAACAACCUACGCACGAGCUUACGAAGCCGCUAAAAAAGUUAAAAUCACUUACUCCGAGACGGGAAAGAGAAAGCCAAUAAUAACAAUAAAGGAUGUGCUGGGAUCUGCGGACAGCUCAAGAUUAUUACCAACGAUUACAGUUCCCGCAAAGUCAAAAGGUAGCGACAUCGCUCACGUUAUAAAAGGAGACAUGGAAAUCGGAGGACAAUAUCACUACACAAUGGAACCGCAGUCGUGUGUUUGCAUUCCAACAGAAGAUGGAAUAGAUGUUUACCCGACAUCACAAUUCAUAGACCUCACCCAAGUUUCAAUAGCUGACUGUCUUGGUAUUCCUAACAACAGGGUCAAUAUUAACGUACGAAGACUUGGUGGUGGAUAUGGCGCCAAGAUAUCACGAAACAAUCCAGUCUCCUGUGCAUGUGCGGUUGUAUCAUAUGUAUUAAAUCGUCCAGCAAGAUUUAUAAUGUCUAUUGAGAGUAAUAUGAUGUGUUUGGGUAAGCGCCCGCACGCAAGACAAGAGUACGAGGUCGGCGUUGACGCCCAGGGUGUAAUACAGUAUCUCAACAGCACUAGUUGGCAUAAUGCCGGCUGCUCCUGGAACGAAUUCUCAUCAGUCUUAACGUUUCAACAUAUUUACACAUGCUACGAUGGAUCAACUUGGAAUGUCGGAGUCGUUGAUGCGAUGACUGACGUCCCCUCUAAUACUUAUUGCCGCGCUCCAGGUUCUACUGAAGGAAUUGCCAUGUCUGAGAAUAUUAUGGAACAUAUAUCCAGAACAUUAAAUAAAGAUCCUAUUGAGGUAAGGUUGAGUAAUAUGAAUGCUCCGGAUAAAGAAGUACUUAGUAAAAUGAUUGACGACUUGAAAAUGUCUUCUGAUUAUGAAGCGCGACAACGUAGUGUUCGACUUUUCAAUACCGAAAAUCGAUGGAAGAAACGAGGACUAUCUUUAGUACCAAUGACAUAUCCUUUCCAUCCAUUCGGUCAGUUUCAUGCAUUAGUGUCGAUAUACGCUCGAGAUGGUACAGUCGCUAUUAUACAUGGUGGCAUCGAGAUGGGUCAGGGUAUUCACACUAAGGUUGCUCAGGCUGCUGCUUAUACACUGGGCAUCGAUCUGGAAAUGGUUAACGUCAAACCCUCGAAUAACGUUGUCGCUCCGAAUAAUACAGUCACCGGGGGAAGUCUCGGAAGCGAAACUUGUGCUCGGGCAACAAUAAAUGCAUGCAAAGAAUUAUUGGAGAGAUUAGAGCCGAUUAAAAAAGAAAUGGGAAAUCCUUCGUGGAAGGAGCUUGUGUUUGCUGCUCACGCUAAAAAUGUUGAUCUUGUAGCUCGAUGCAUGGUUACCAAUGGUCCCGAGCAUGGUUAUCCAAUCUACGGUGCUGGUGUUGCUGAAGUAGAGCUGGAUUUGUUAACGGGACAACACUUGAUUCGACGAGUCGAUUUAUUGGAAGACGUUGGCAUCAGCAUGAAUCCAGAGAUUGAUUUAGGACAAGCAGAAGGCGCAUAUGUAAUGGGGAUCGGGUAUUGGACUAGCGAGGACCUCGUUUACUGUCCUAAAACCGGGCUACUAGCAAAUCACCGUACCUGGAAUUAUAAACCACCUGGUGCUAAGGAUAUCCCCGUGGACUUUCGUGUAUCCUUUAGACGUAAUGCACCAAACCCCACGGGAGUUCUACGAUCCAAAGCUGUUGGGGAGCCACCAUUAUGCAUGAGCUACGGUAUAGUAUUGGCCAUACGUGAUGCACUAGACUCUGCUAGAAAGGAUGCCGGUAAUAACGAUAUUUGGUAUCCUCUAGGU